ACACCUGAAUCGCUGCAAUACAACUGGCCGAGUGAGUUAGAGAAUAAACAAAAACAUUUCAGAAAAACCCGUUCUGCUCCCGCUCUGAGCGGAGACGCUGGUGGUUCGGGUUUAGCCCAACAUUGGCCCAACUUGAAAGUCCAGUUGGACCGACCUUGUGUGUGUGUGUUUGAGUAUAAGGGGAGAAGAAGAUGACACAGGAACACGACAACAAGAGAGCAGUUUUGGUGCUACAGAAUGAGCAACUUUAUCCUCAGAGGCGCUCAUAUACCAGUGAAGAUGAGGCAUGGAAAUCCUUCCUGGAAAAUCCUCUGACUGCCGCCACCAAGGCCAUGAUGAGCAUCAAUGGAGAUGAUGAUAGUGCUGCUGCGUUGGGUUUACUGUAUGAUUAUUACAAGGUUCCCAGAGAGAAGAGGACGAUGCCACCAGAGAAAAGCUCCAAUACUGACUCCGAGCACAAUAAAAGAUUGCUAACCCCCAUGCAUCUCCCACGCACUAGAAGGGGAGUGCGGUCCGGGAUGCUGCCUUCGACACAGCCAGCUUCAAUGCUGCUCUAUGAUCGUCCAGAAGGAGCCACAAUUCAAACAGGGAACUGCAUGCUAUCUGCAACAGAUCACCCAGUCAUUUCCACUGCGGAUAAUCGAGUGCAGCAACUGAGAGUGUUGCCAGUCAAUCUGGUGUUGCCUGGCCACUCCAUAGGGCACGACAAAGUAAACCAGUUUACAACCACAGACACUACUGUCACUGUCUCUGUCACAACGGUACCAACGCAAUCUAUUAAAACCGAAAUGAACCCUAAUAACUUUUCUGUGGGAAUGCUGCCGGCAUCGUACUGCAGCGAGCCUCCUGAGCGCUCUGUCAUUCAUGAUCGAAAUCCUCACGGUGACCACUUUGCUUCAACUGCACAGUCACAGAGAAGGACUCCAGACACAACUUUCACAGAGAAUUUCAAGGAAGGCUCUCAAGAGGUAUUCGGCUUUCCUACCGAUCUCCAUGUUCGAAUGCCUACUAUGUGUUCAGAGGAGUAUGCCUUUGAUAGAAUGAGAAGUACGUUUGAAUAUGUUUUGGAAGCUUCCAAAUCACUUAAACAGAAGACAGGUGAUGGAACCAUGACAUAUUUGAACAAGGGUCAGUUUUAUCCCAUCACACUCAAAGAAGUGGGUUCCAAUGAAGAAAUCCAUCAUCCGGUCAGCAAAGUCAGAAGUGUGAUAAUGGUUGUUUUUGGUGAUGAUAAAAUCCGUGAUGAGCAACUCAGGCACUGGAAAUACUGGCACUCCCGGCAGCACACUGCGAAACAGCGCUGCAUUGACAUCGCUGAUUACAAAGAAAGUUUCAACACAAUUAGUAACAUUGAAGAAAUCGCUUACAACGCCAUCUCUUUUACAUGGGACAUCAAUGAUGAAGCUAAGAUUUUCGUCUCGGUCAACUGCCUCAGCACAGACUUCUCAUCUCAAAAAGGAGUCAAAGGUCUACCAUUGAACAUUCAGAUCGAUACAUACAGUUAUAACACCCGAAGCAACAAACCCAUCCACAGGGCCUAUUGUCAGAUAAAAGUUUUCUGUGACAAGGGUGCUGAACGCAAGAUACGUGAUGAGGAACGUAAACAAUCGCGUAAAAAGUCCAAAUCCAAUGAUGGCAGUUCUCAUUUAAAUACCUUCCAGGACCAAAAAUUACAGCUGAUCCCCAACUUCAAGCAGAUGGAGGCCACUGUCUUCAAGUCCAUUCCUGACCUCGUCACUCAACCAGUUCUUUUCAUUCCUGAUGUCCAUCAACGAGCUGUUCACGGAUUCCCUGUUGGAGCCGAUGAGCUUGAAGGUGAAGGAUCAGGCCUGAAAAGACUGUCAUUCCUGCCCGAAGAAGAGUUUGGCUCACCCAAUAAGAUCCUCAGGACAGAAGAACCAAAUAAAGUUUUACUUUACGUCAGGAAGGAAUGUGAAGAGGUGUUUGAUGCGCUAAUGUUGAAGACUCCUUCUCUGAAAGGCCUAAUGGAGGCAAUUUCAGAAAAAUAUGAAGUACCCCUGGAUAAAAUUGCAAAGGUCUACAAGAAAUGCAAGAAAGGCAUCUUGGUGAACAUGGAUGAUAAUAUCGUGAAGCACUAUUCUAAUGAAGACACAUUCCAACUAAACAUUGAAGAAAUUGCAGGAUCCUACAAGCUCACUCUUGCUGAAAUAUGAAGAGAAUUGUGUAAUAGUUAUCCUACAGCUCAUUGUCAGUCCUGUGCAUUUAUUGGCCAGGCUAAUGCCACUUGUACAUUAUGAAAAUAGAGGAAUAGAGCAACAAAAUACAGUGUGAAAAUAUAAACGAUAUAUACAAGAUGCACCAGUUAAGUCCACACCAACCUUCAAAUUAAAAGUAUGUAAUAUUGCAGCAAGUGUUUAUUUGUAAUCAGCAUUAUUUGACAUAAUAUGUUGCAAUAAAGUAACCGUUAAUUUGCUCCCGUGCAAUGACCCUCAAGUUCCCACCAAUGAUUUUUCCCGUCCUUUUUGUUCUCUAUUCCUCAAUUAAAUUCUUCAUUACUAUGAUAGCUGUGUUGAUGUAAAAGAAAAGAACAAAAUGCAUAAAGUAUGUCAAUGUAUGUUAACCAAAGAACAGUUGCAAUAAAGCCCAUGUUGUUGUCAGUCUUGUAUUAUAUAUAAAGAAACAAAAAGUGCAUAGCAGUGCCUUUCACAGAUGGAGCACAAUUUGGCUUUCAGGUGAUUGUCUGAAUACCUUGAUGUGUUACAACCUUGUAAAAGAUGCUUCAGUGAUUGUGUACCUUAUAUUUUUAUUAUGGAAGGUAAAUAUUGUUUUGUCUCAAUUUAUAUCUUGUCUUAAGUUCAGAUUUUAGAGAUUUGAAUGUUACAUUUUAUAACUUAAAGGUCAACUGGAGGAAUUAGCAUUUGAGACAGAGCACUUGGAAGAAUGUCCUUUGUUUCACUUUCACACAAACGGUGGUAAGACUCCUUUCUAUAGGUGUUGGACUGCCUUAACUACAGGAAAAUGCGGUGAAUGGCUGAAGAAACCAGCAUUCAAGCCAUGUUUUUUUUUGUGUACAUUAAGUGCAAUAUAUUACCACAGAAAUGUAUAACUUUGUACUGUCUGUUUCAUUGUCAUUUUUGAAAAAAAAAGGUUUACUAAGGAUGAGGGCCUGGGUCUUUAUGUUUUAAAGAUAAAUUGUAUUGUUUAAAUUUAUUUAAUAAAAAAAAACCUCGACUGUACUUCUAAAUAUUUACCAUGGAACAGAUUUUUUUAAUACAAAACUGUUAAGGCUAAUUCUGAAUUUUUUUGCGAUUCCUGGGAAAAUGUAAAGGAUUAUUAAACCCACAGUUUUCUUUUCCAGUAAUCUGCCAACUUGAGGUCAGGUUAGUGUUUUGUUUUAAGCAAAUCGUCUGCUUUGACUAUGCACUCCCUUUGACAGCAAUUUCAACAUCUCUGACACUGUUUUCGUAACUGGUAUCACCACAAUGAAGCAAUUACAGAAAUACUAGCAUUAAUUUGUUCAAUCCUAGGUUGCUAUGUAAAACGAGUAGAAGUGCAAAUUAUAAUUCAUGGCAUAUUUACCGCAUGAAGAACUCUAUUGUUCUAAAAUUUCGAUGUACAUUUAAGAAUUACAUUAUAUUGAUAGCCUGUGGCAAAUGAUUUGAUUUUGAAUCUCAAGACCAAUACAUUCAAAAUUGCUAAUGUAUGUUAUGGUACAUCCUUUUGUCCACGUAUUGUAAGUUUGUUGUGAUCAUUAUAAACAGCAUAAUUGCACCCCUGUAUGUGAUAGCUGAGGUAUCUAAACGUCUGCUGCGUAAUGUUUAUAGGACACUGCUGGUUGCCUUUUAUCUCAAACCAAAGUUCUAAUAAUAACUUAGUGGUUUGAAGUCUUUUUAAAAUUAAAACCCUUGGCAUGCAGACCCUGUGCACUGUAUAAUGUGAAACUGAAGUUUGUAGUUCAAGGACUAAACAUCUGUAGGAUGUGCGUCUUGAUGUAAAUGCUGGAUUAUAAUCACUGGGAAGUUCUGCUGCUAGCCUCAGUGGAUAAUGUUAGCUUCAUGGCUUGGUUAUAGAGUUUGGAUCACAGUAGCAACAUCUGAGCUCCUCCACACAAAUUUUUGUAACUGCUCACUUACCCAUACUGUGGCAGGGUCACACAGGGUACCACCAGUCACCCAAUCCUUGAAUAAGCAAAAAAAAAUUUCCAGUGGACAUCUGUACGGAGCCAAAUUAUCUUUUAUUUUCAGGGUCCAAAACUCCCAAACAAUUCCCGCAAUCGAUUUUCAUACACUUCUUAUUUAAGGAAGAAUGUAAUUACAUUGGAAGCAAUUUGGAGAAUAUUAACGAGAUUAAUACCUGGAAUGGUGCAGGGUGGUGGGAGUGCUUCAUGAGGUAAUGUUGGGCAAGCAAGGCUGGUAUCCCCUGACGGCUUAGGUUGAAACAGAAGAUUCUGAGCAACCCCUGAUGUAAGGGCGGAUUCUGACAGCUCUGGGUUUUGGCCUAAUCUGUGGGCCUUGCCAUAGUGUUGGUAAAACUGAACCUGAGGGAGUGAAGAUUAACACGCUUAUUGGCCCCAAGCAAGAUCCCUCAUCUGUACCAAGACAGUUUAUUUCAGUCACAGGAAGGGAUAUGACAAGUGGAUGUGGCCCUCAUAGUUCGAAAAGGUAAAUAAGUCACCCAGAGUUGUCACUUCUAAAGUGCUGCCUGCUGUGUGGGGAAGACUGUGAUUGAACAGUGAUAGUGACAAUGACAUUCAUCAUCCACCUAGAAGAGCAGACCACUUGGCCAAAUUCCCAAUCAUCUUUCAUGGGCAAAUAGUUGAAUUUUGGGAAUAAGAAAACACCAGAUGGAAGAAAUCAGUGUGAAACUAGAUGUUAUUGUGUAAUGUUUUGACAAACCUUCUGUGGAAACCAAUUUGGAUAGAUUGUGAUAUGAUGCGCUGCCUGUAAAAAUGAUCAACAUUAAAUGAUUAAAGCUCAACAAUUGUUAGAACAACAACGUUAUUCCUAAUAAAUCUCAUCUUUGCCGCUAAAGCAGAAGAUACUUAAAUGUUUUUCCAAAAGAAUCUCCCUGCUCUCAAAUGUUUUUGAGUGAUUGCUUUAUUGUAAUUUUUUUUAAAAAGCCUUUAUUUUAUGAUUAUCAAAAUGUGAAUCAAACAAAAGGAAACAAAUUCUUAACAUUGAAUUUACUCAGUAUAUGUAAACAGUAAAGAGCACAUGUCUUCACAUUACUUUAAUGGCUAAAGAAAAGAAUUAUUGCAGUUUCAUUCAACUUUGUAAGAUAAGUAUAUGUCUGUGUAUAUUUUUGGUAAGUGGUCAUGCUACAACUGAAUAUCAUUAACACUUGAAUAGCCUAUAGUUACAAUCCUAAUUUUUCAGAAGAAAAUAGACAAGGUCUUAUUCACAACUGUUUUUACUAUGUUAUUGAAGUGUUUAUAUUCCUGAUAUUUGUGAUAUGCAUUUUGCAAAGAUGUAUUAAAACUUUAAUGUAUACCAAAGGGAAUAAAUUUUAU